AUGAGUUUUACACGCGAGCUUGUUCAUUUGAAAAUACUGGAACUAUGGACAAGCGGUGAUUCGCUUAAACGAGCAGAAGCAAAUAAGUAUUUGUUGGAAUUUAAAGACUCAUCACAGGCUUGGCAGAUAUGCAGUGAGCUUUUGGAAAUGAGUACGGAGCCGGAGGUCAAAUAUGUGGCAGCUCAAACUUUGUGUCAGAAAGUUUCUAAUUGUCAAAGUGAAGUUAAUGCAAUUGGAGGUCCAAAGGUUAUUUUUGAGCAAAUUUAUCUAAGGAGUAUUUCUGAUAAUUUAAGAAAUGGAAGUGGAGGUAAUCUAAUGUCCCAAUUAUUAAGUAAGCUAGGAGAGGGGCUGUCAUAUUUGAUAAUAUUAGGAAUAUCUGAUGGAUCUUGGAUAGAGGGAUUUGAAUCAUGUUUGAGAAUUUCUCAGCCAUAUUUUGUGGGUCAAGGCACAGGUUUGGAGUUGUGGAUGAUACUUAAUACUCUUAGGUAUAUUCCUGAUGCAGGCGUACUCCUUGAGUCUCAAAAGAGGCCAAUGCUAAUUCAAUCCACUUUACCUAGAAUUCUUGAUUUUUUAUCAGAAUCUAUAACUAAAGUACUUUCAGAUUCAUCAGGAAAUCACGGAGGUAAUGGAAAUAAUUCAGGAGCAAGUGAAAAUCAAAAUAUGAACCAGAAAUUAUUGGAAUUAUCUUUAGAUAUUUUGGUUGAAUAUUUUGAAAAAUUCGAAAUACCUUUAUUUACUCAUAGUCCUCUUUCUUUAGCAAUUUCCAAUUUAUUAAAGAGUGAUAUCUGUGUUGCUCCUUAUAGAUUAGCGGAAUUGUUUGUAAGAGGCCUUCCAAGAUGUUCGUUUUAUAUGCAAAAACAGGGAAUAAUUGGUGAUUCUAACAGUAUCUUUACGCUUAUUGAAGAUGUAAAUGGUCUUCAUGUACUAUUAAAGUUUCCAUCUGAGGCAGAAACUGCAGUUAUGAUGUCUCUUUUGAACUAUUUAAAGCUAUUAUAUGAUAAGCUUCGUCAGAUUCCUCUACCUAUUAAUAAUAAUAAUUGUAAUAAUAAUAAUUGUAAUAAUAAUUGUAAUAAUAAUAAUAAUAAUAAUAAUAACAAUAAUGGUAAUAUAAAUAAUACGUCAAAUAAUCAAGGAACUUGUUCUGUGGAUAACUCACAAAUGAUUAGAAUUAAUACUUGGAGUACUUUAAAGAUGAAUGUUCCACAAAUUGAUCUUGAUGAAGAUACUGAAAGAUCUAUUUUGAGUUGGUCUGGAGUCAUUUUCAGUCUUUUAGAAGGAUAUUCAACCAUUUUUAUUAUUGGAGAGUUACCAGAAGUGAAGAAUCGUUGUAAUUCUAACAAUAAAAUAUUGGAUAACCCCCUUUCAUUUCUUCCUGAAAUGCUUUCACUAUUAUUAAUGUUACAUGUAAGGAUACCUGGGGUUCUUGUAAAUAUGUGGUGCACCUUAAGAGAUUUAGUUAAUGAAGGAGUUAUUACAAAAGAUCAUGGACUAUCUAUUGCAAAACUUUUAAUUACUCCAGCUAUCCAAAGUUUAGCUACACAAUGCAGAACUGACUUCUUUUACUGGGAAAAGCUUGGUAUUAAUGAGAAUUCUAUUAUGAAUGCUAGAAUAAGUACUUAUUCUAAUUUUGGCUUAAAGGAAUUAACACUUGAUGAUUCAGUUGAAGAGUUUCUUGAUUUUUUGGAUACUGCAACACUUCAUAUUAAUGAUAUUUACUUCUUCUUAUCUGCUUUGGGUCCUUCCCAUGGACAAGCAUUUGUUACUUACAUUCAACAUUCAUUAUUAUCAUGUUCAAAUGAGAAAGAUCCUAUUGGGUGUGUUGUAUUUCUUAGGUUUUCAGAUACACUUAUUGAGGCAACUAAUUCACUUCAAGGUACAAUUUCUAACAUAUUAGAGCUUGCAUGUACUACAUUACCAAAAACUCAGUCUUGUAUUUACCAAAUUACAUUACUACUACAAAAAUCAGCUCAUUUACUUGUUAAUCAUGAGCAUGCUCCUAUAUGGUUAUUAAGUUUAAAAUAUUUGAUCGAAAUAUCUCAACAGUCUAAUUUACUACUUUUAUCAUCAACAUUUGAAGAACUUUGUCAACUUGGUGUUGAUCAUGUUGUAAAUAAUCCAAACUGUGAUCAAAUUUUAUUAGAACUUAGCCAAAGUGUGAUCCAAGUGGUAACUUCCAAGCUUCAAUUUUCUAAUGAUAUUAAUCUUUAUGGCAAUAUUAGUAUGAUUGACGAGAAUAUUGGUUUUGUUGGAGGUUAUGUUCACAUUCUUUGUUACACUAUGAUUAAAAAUAAUCAAUCUAUUCAAGUAUUAGCUGAAGCUUUAAAAAGUUUUCUGUAUCAUAUGAUCCAUUCUACUAUUGAACAGAUACCUCAAGUUUAUAGUAAUACAUCAUUUUCUAAUUCUAUUGAUAUUGGUGUAGUACCACAAUGUUGUUGGAUUUGGUCAAUAUAUGUAUUUUUAAAGAUUCUCAAAUCAUUUACAUUUUGUAUUGAAAAUAACAAUUAUGGAAAUAUUUGUGGGUUUGGAUUAGAGUAUGGAGGAGGUUCUCCAAAAAUGGGAGUUAACCACUUUAUAUUGGGAUCUAAUAAUAAUGGAAUUUGUGGAAAUGUUAAUAAUAGUAAUGUUAAUAAUAGUAAUGGUAAUAACAAUGUUAAUGGUAAUAAUAAUAAUAGUAAUAAUAAUGAUUCUAAUAAUAAUAAUAAUAUUAAUAAUGGUAAUAUUAAUAUUUUUAAUGGUAAUAAUAACAAUGGUGUAAACCAAACAGGUCUUUCAAGCUUAACAAUUAAUUUAACAGUACUAAUUAGAAAUCUAUUCUCUCCACAAGACCAACAGAUGCUUAUUUUGGGGGAGAAACUUAGAUCUCUUUUAUUUAAUUCAUUCAAUCUUAAAAGUGAGUCACAAGGAUAUGGAGUAGUAUUAAUAUCCUCAAUGAUGUAUCAAUAUUCAAGAAAUAUUUCUUUGCAUAACUUAAUGAUUUGCACGAGACGCAGUUUCACUGGUAACGAAAGUUGUUUAUCAUGUCCAAAGGAUGUGAUCGUAUCAAUUUGUUGUCUAAUAUUAAGGAUCAUCUCAUGUACAUGGUCUGCCAACUUUUUAAGUAUGAAUGGUAAUGGAGAUCAUAAUCAUGUAAGUAGUAAUAACACUGAUAUGUGUGGUAAUAAUUUAGGUAAUGUAAGUAAUGAUAGCCAUCAUGUACAUAGUGGAAAUCCAAUUGAAGUAAAUCAAGGGAAUCAAUGGUGUACAUGGGAAUUUACUUAUUCUAACAUAAAACAAAGUUUAUUACAUUUAAAAAAUGAACUUGAAAAUAUAAGUAAUGAUGAAAGAGCUUCAACUUUGAUUGUUAGACAAAGACAUGGAUGUUGUACAAUGAUAUUACAUGAAAUUAUUAAGAGACUUCCUAUAGAAAGCAGAGACAAUUUAGUUAAUAUGAUGCAUAAUGACGGUAUAGAUUCUUUAUUAUAUGAGUUUUGGAUCAAGAAAUUCUGCUCAAUAACAAAUGUGGAGAUUUCAAGAUCAUUUGAGCCAUUCUUUAUGUGGCAAAUAUCGCUACUUGGUAACUGUAAUAAUCCAACUCUAUCAGUUCAGUUAGUUUUAUCAUCUCAAUAUUUGGCUUCAAGUUUGGAUAUGGCAGUUAGAUCCCUUCAAUUUAAUGACAAAUAUUUAUUGAAUUCAGUACUAAUUUAUUUGACAAGGCUAUCAACCGCAAUACACUCAUUUUCUCAGAUACAUCACAUUUGGAAUGAACAACUUGGUAGAUUGCUUAUGGUAUUGUUUUCAGUAUAUAAUAACUUUGAGAAGAAUACGCUUUUACAGAUGUGUAAAUUUGUGUCUACUUUGUUGGAAUACUUCCCUAAUAACUUUUUUAUGACACUUAAUGGGAUGUUUUCACCAGACUUUAGUAGAAUUCAUCCUGAGAUUGGGUUUAAUCCUUUUAAGGAUACAAACCAACAACAACAGAACAUGAUUAUUAUUUGCUUUAAGAGUUUGAAAGGUGGUCCAAGGUUAAGACAAUUUCUAUUAGAGAUUUCUAAUGUAACUAAUGGUAUAUCCAGUAUGGAUGAUUGUCUUAAAAAGUUUGAAGUUUUACUCAAUUAUAACAACCUAAACAAUACGGUGAAUGUUGGUACCAGAAGUGUUAAUAGUAAUGGUGGAGCUUCUGGUAGUAAUGGUAACCCUAUAAUUAUUUCAUAA